GCCGCUCGGAGGAACUGUCAUGGCUGCGCCCGUGAAUGCCCACGGGGUUCUGUUCUAAGUCCACCAACAUAUGCUCUCUUUUAGUAAGAAGUUAACUUUCGUUGGAUCUUCACUAUUUGAAAGUGUGUCAGUGGACAGCAAAAUGAAUAACAAAGCACAUUCCUUGUUAUGGAACAUAAGACAGUUCAGUACUUUACUUCCAAGAAGCAGAGCUUUGAGGAUAAAUCCUCUGGGGUUUUGCAAACCAGAAGUUAUUCAUUCAAAAUGGAAUCCAAGAAACCACCUGCUAAAUGGUUUUGAGGGGGGAUUGCAACCAUCUGCUCGAUACCUCUUUCGAGGUACAUUUAUUUUGAAGUCAGUAGAUGGUUCUACUCAAACCAAAGGCAUAAGCCAUACUGCUGUUUUAAAACUAGACAGAAUACUUUGUCCUAAAAGACUGUCUUUUGACUCAAAGCAUUCUUUUGCCUCUGAUGGGGCAUCGGAGCAUGAUUUGAUGAAAACAAACUUGCAUCAUACCUCCAGUGAAGAUGCGCUCACCAAGAAAAUGAGACCAACCCCCGUGAAUCAUGGAAAGCUGGCCCAGGAGUGUAACUCUCUGAGUGAUGUUCUGGACACGUUUUCAAAAGCACCUACGUUUCCUAGUAGCACCUAUUUCUUAGCAAUGUGGACAAUUGCCAAAAGGAUACCUGAAGACAAGAGGCGCUUUGAAGUACAGCUGAUGUUCAGGCACCCCGCCUUUAACCAGCUGUGUGAUCAAAUGAUGAGAGAAGUCAAGAUCAUGCACUAUGACCACCUCUUGUUCAGUCUUAACGCUAUGGUGAAGGUGGGAGUCCCUCAGAAUACUCUUAUGGUACAGACUUUGCUGAGGACGAUUCAGGAGCGCAUCAAUGAGUGUGACGAGAGAUGUCUGUCAGUUCUGUCAACUGCUUUAGAGCCGAUGGAGCCCUGCAUGAAUGUGAAUGCGCUUCGAGCGGCAAUACGAAUCCUAGUUGAUCAGCAAGUUUGGAAGAUAGACCAUAUCUUCACAUUACAAACUGUGAUGAAGUGUAUCGGGAAAGACACACCCCUUGCUCUAAAGAAGAAAUUGGAGAUGAAAGCCUUGAAGGAGUUAGGCAGAUUUUCUGUCGUAAAUAGUAUGCACAUGUUUGAAGUAUUAGCUGCCAUGGAUCACCGCUCUGUUGUCCUUCUGAAUGAAUGCAGUAAGGUGGUCAUAGAUAAUAUCCAUGGAUGUCCUUUUAAAGUAUUGAUCGGCAUACUGCAGUCCUGUAAAAAUCUUCGAUACCAAAAUGAAGAUCUCUUCAAAAGCAUAGCAGAUUAUGUGGCUACAACUUUUGACAUUUGGAAAUUGAAACAAGUUAUCUUUCUCCUCUUGUUAUUUGAAACUCUUGGUUUUCGACCUCCUGGUUUGAUGGACAAGCUUAUGGAGAAAGUAAUAGAGGAGCCUGGCUCUCUAAACAUGAAGAACAUCGUUUCUAUUCUUCACGUGUAUUCUUCUCUCAAUCACAUCCACAAAGGCCAGAACAGAGAGUUCUUAGAAGCUAUGGCUAGUGCUCUGACUGGCUGUCUUCACCACAUGUCUUCUGAAAACCUAUUGAAUGCUGUGCAUUCAUUCUGCAUGAUGAAUUAUUUCCCCCUGGCUCCUAUUAACCAGCUUAUCAAAAAAAACAUCAUCGAUGAACUGCUGACUUCAG